AUGCAAAUUCUGGCAUAAGAGAUGGUAAUUUCUUAUUAUUUUUAUUUUAGAAUGGCAAGAUUUAAAUAAUAAUGUUAAUUUCAAUACUUGUGGAGGGAUUCAAUAUUUUGGGUAAUCUAGUUCUAGUAGUUGGAUUGAUAUUAGCAGAAUAUUUUUAGAUCUAGAAGAUUUUUUAAAUAUGA